AGGUUUAGAGCACUAUUUGUAAAAUAUUGGGUGUCAUUGUCAACUACAAAAUGGUCAUUACACUUUGAUGGACUUCACUAACUGAUCCAUAAACUUUAAAACAUUUAAAAUCGAUCACCAAAUUAUUAUUCUUCUAUUUUCCCAUCUUCUUCAGUUCCUUCACCAUUCUUUCUCGCAGCACACGCUUCCUUCCCUUUGACGAACCAAAUUUCCCGACUUUCUCCUUUCCAAUUCUCGAUCCUCCGAUUCCACUAUCUCCACCAAUCCCAAUCCAGCCGCCAUCGUCGUCUUCGUCAGAUCCCAGUUUCCUCAUCUCUCACCAAAACCAAAUUCAGACCCACCAAAUCCUCUCUACUUUCUAGGGUUUCUCAGCUCACGCAGUGUUUUGUCAUCUCAUGCCAUCCCCAGCACACGAUUGACCGAUCAAGAAGAUUUGGUGAGUGGGAUUUUUAAAUAAUGUACAGCAACUUCAAGGAGCAAGCGAUAGAGUACGUGAAGCAAGCGGUUCAGGAAGACAAUGCCGGGAACUAUGCGAAGGCUUUCCCCUUGUACAUGAACGCGCUGGAGUACUUCAAGACCCACCUCAAGUACGAGAAGAACCCCAAAAUCCGAGAGGCGAUCACCCAGAAGUUCACCGAGUACCUCCGCCGCGCCGAGGAGAUCCGCACCGUGUUGGAUGAGGGCGGGCCCGGUCCCGCUUCCAACGGCGAUGCCGCCGUUGCUACGCGGCCCAAGACGAAGCCCAAGGAUGGGGAAGAUGGGGAGGAUCCUGAGCAGACGAAGCUCAGAGCUGGGUUGAAUUCCGCGAUCAUUAGGGAGAAGCCGAACAUUAAGUGGACUGAUGUGGCUGGGCUUGAGAGCGCCAAGCAGGCGCUUCAGGAGGCUGUUAUCUUGCCCGUUAAGUUCCCCCAGUUCUUUACAGGCAAGAGGCGACCAUGGAAGGCUUUUCUUUUGUAUGGGCCUCCUGGUACCGGAAAGUCUUACCUGGCUAAGGCUGUUGCAACUGAAGCAGACUCUACCUUUUUCAGUGUUUCUUCGUCAGACCUGGUCUCGAAGUGGAUGGGUGAGAGUGAGAAACUUGUAUCAAAUCUUUUCCAAAUGGCCCGUGAAAGUGCCCCUUCUAUCAUCUUUGUCGAUGAAAUAGAUUCGCUGUGUGGACAACGUGGUGAAGGCAAUGAAAGUGAAGCUUCCAGACGUAUUAAGACUGAGCUUCUUGUUCAAAUGCAGGGUGUAGGGAACAAUGACCAGAAGGUUCUUGUUCUUGCGGCCACUAAUACACCAUAUGCCUUGGACCAGGCUAUCAGGCGACGUUUCGACAAGCGUAUUUACAUCCCUCUACCUGAUGCAAAGGCUAGACAGUACAUGUUCAAGGUGCAUCUUGGUGAUACUCCUCAUAACCUGACAGAAAGUGAUUUUGAAAGCUUAGGUCGUAAGACAGAGGGCUUCUCAGGUUCAGAUAUAUCUGUUUGUGUUAAGGACGUUCUGUUUGAGCCUGUUCGUAAAACCCAGGACGCCAUGUAUUUCUUUAAGACACCUAAUGGUAUGUGGGUACCAUGUGGAUCUAAGCAACCCGGUGCAGUGCAAACCACGAUGCAGGAUCUGGCAACCAAAGGAGAAGCCGCAAAGAUACUUCCACCCCCAAUCUCGAAGGCCGAUUUUGACAAGGUCCUUGCCAGACAGAGGCCCACAGUGAGCAAAUCCGAUCUAGAGGUUCAUGAAAGAUUCACAAAGGAGUUUGGAGAGGAAGGUUAAUGGAAAUAUGAUCCCUAAUCACUAUUGUAUUGAGAUUGCUUGCCUGGACAUGAGCUUUUAUGUCUUAGUUGUUGCUUCUGUUGCUUAAAAAAUCUGAUGAUGAUGAUAUACAACCUCAUUGUCCAUAUGGAAGGUGGUGGCUUGACUUUCCUCUGUAAUUUUAACAGCCGAAUACUUAAAAAAGGUCAGAGGAUUGAUGAAUUGAUGUUUAUGAAAUUGUACAAAGAACCUUUUUAGAGCUUGUUGCAUUUGGAGUUUUAUCUUGCUUUCAGCAUAUGGUCAUAUUGGAGUUGAGAUCCCUCAGUUUCUGUAUAGUCAUUGAAUGUUUACUUUUGCUUGAAUUAAAGGUUUCAUGCAUUUUAUGUAGCAAAUUAUUCAGACAUGUCUUUGGCUCGAAGCACAAUUAAACAUCGGGCGCUAGCAACAUUAGCUCUGCUGCUCGCCUGCAUCUUUGCCAUCAUAUGCCACUGCCGUAUUAAGCGAACGCGUAGGAAUGCAUCCUCUGCUGGUGUUCUGUGGCAAUUGGCAACUAAACUGGUUAGGUUUCUCAGAACAGGAAGAGCAACUGAGGUUGAUUGUGGCCUGCUGCAAUUUUGCACCUGUUAUUAGAAAGAAUUGAGGAAGGUGAAAGAAGUCGACUUUUCUUGUAUGCCAAGUCUUCUGGAGAAGGUGAAGGUCUGAGUUCUGAUAGUUGUAACAGCUCAAGCUUGUAGCUUUUGGCCACGUUGAAAUUUGAAUAUAAACCAAAGCCAUGGCAAGUGCGUUCUGUUUCUUUGUUGUGUCUAAUGAAUGGGUUGGG